UUCUUUCUUUAUCUUGAAAAGAGACCUAGAACUUCUGAAGCACACCAGACAUUUCUGUUACACACCAGACAUUCUACUUGGCAGUGUAAUCUUAUCAAACACUUGUACAAACUCUGGAAGGGCUUUAUUCCCAUAUUACAGAAGAGAAAAUGGAGACUCAGAGAAGAGAUGCCUUGCCCCAGGGGCCCUGCCAAAUGCGAAGACAGGUGCCUUGCUUCUAGGGUUGUGGUCUGGACCGCCAUCGGCCGGAAUGCAGGAGUAAACUGCACAACCUCCUUCGCAAAUCUACAGCUUUCCAGGAGGCCAGCGGCAGCAACGCGGACUUCUGGGUCACAAGUAAUUGAUCUCUUCACGUGUUAAAGAAGAGAUAUUGGAAGUAGAUGCAACCUAUAUUUACUGUAAAGAGUUUGGGGUACAAAUGAAGUAGAUAACAUUUGCCGCCUGUCAAGCUGUACUUUCUCAUUAACACUGGCCACGCUACCACCCUGAAGACUUCAUCUGGGAAAAGGAAAGAGAAGGAGAACUCCACAUCCAAAUGUUCAACUUGCUUAGGAGAAGUGUGGAACUGGAAAAAGGAGAACUAACAAACUUGCUUAAUCUAAGAAGGGAGCAGUAAGAGGCAUGGGAGAGGGCGUGAAGAUUAUUUUACAAAAAUGUAUGUUGAGGAAUUCAUGGGGAAGGAAGUAUGAGAAAAGGGCUCCUUUGGGGGAAGGGACUUUUGCGAGCCCUGCGGACAAUCGCCCCUCCUCCCAGGCGAUCCCCACUCUCCGCCCCUGGCCCUCCCUGGCCCUGCCCUCCGCGCUGGGCCGGUGGACCCGGUGGGCGGAGUAGCCUCCCAGCCUUGCCUGUGGCUCGGAAGAUGUGCGAAGCACGCGGGCAUUAACUUGCGCCCCGGGACUGUUAAGACGCUCGCUGGACGUCUGCACCUGGUAGUCUCCAGCUCACUGCGGGAAUCGUGUCAAACUUUGUCCGUGUGUGGGUGGGAGGCCGCGGGCCCACGCCCGGUCCUCCUGCCCCCCGCGUAGCGGCAGGGUUAACUGUGGACAGCACGAUUUCCUGUCGCUCCCCCUUGGCAGACACUUCUCGGGCAUGGAGCACUCACAGUGUGGCAGCAGAGACCGCAGCGGUAGCUGCCGACCUCACCUGGCCCCGGGGCUGGUGGCGGCCCCUCCACCCCUGAGUCCGGUGUUGCCGGUAACCCCGGGGAUACCUGUUCCUCCAACUUUCCUGCGGCCACCCAGCCUCCUUCUGCGGGCCGCCGCGGCCGCGGCUGCCUCCUCCGCUGGAAGGGGAGGCUGCCCUUCGGCUCCCGGGCUGGAGAAGGGGGUGGGCAUGGUGGGCUGUGGCUACCCACGGACGCCCAAGUGCGCCCGUUGUCGCAACCACGGCGUGGUGUCGGCGCUCAAAGGCCACAAGCGCUUCUGCCGCUGGCGGGACUGCGCUUGUGCCAAGUGCACCCUGAUCGCUGAGCGCCAGCGCGUCAUGGCUGCCCAGGUGGCGCUGCGCAGGCAGCAGGCCCAGGAGGAGAGCGAGGCCCGGGGGCUGCAGAGGCUCUUGUACUCUGGACCCGCGGGGCCCGGGGUUCGGAACUGUGGAGGUGGCAGCGGAACGGAAGAUCCUCUGGCGGCGAGCGUCCCUGCGGCAGUGACUGCGCUAGGACUGGAUGCCUUGAGACAGACUAGUGGCCUGGCGACCCCUGCCUUUGAUGUCUUUCAGCCAGAUUAUACGGAGGAAAAGCAGGAACAAAGAGACAAUAAAUGGGACUCAUGCCAGAGUGGACAAGACGGACCAGUCUCGAAAUCCCAUCAACUUACCCUGGGAUCAGCUCCUAAGUCUAAUGGUGUCAUUGUGAAACAAAAUGUUCGGCCAUCUAUUUCAGAAAACUCCAACAAGGAUGACAGCAUCCAGUCUCCUUACUCUGGGGAGCAAUCAGAAGGUGAAGAGAGUCCCAGGUCCCUAUCAUCCUCUGAUCUGGAAUCAGGAAAUGAAAGUGAGUGGGCCAAAGACUUCACUGCUGCCAGAGCCAGACUUCCUACAGUGUCCUCAAGACCAAGAGAUCCUCUUGAUAUCCUUACCAAGAUUUUCCCAAGUUACAGGCGCAGCCGGCUAGAAGGCAUCCUACAGUUCUGCAAAGGGGAUGUCGUCCAAGCUAUUGAACAGGUCCUAAAUGGGAAAGAACACAAAUCAGACACCAGGGACCUAGCAAGCUCAGGAGAAUUGGAAAAUACAGCUUUUCAGAGAGCUUCAAAUUUUAGUUUAGCUGGAAUUGGUUUUGGGACUCUAGGGAAUAAAUCAGCUUUCUCUCCUCUUCAAACAGCGUCUACUUCUUAUGGAGGUGAUUCAAGUCUCUACAGUUUAAAUCCUAGAUUAGGUAUCAGUCCAUUACGGCUGGCAUAUUCCUCUCCAGGAAGAGGGCUGUCUGGUUUCAUGUCUCCCUACCUAACUCCUGGGUUGGUACCAGCAUUGCCUUUCCGCCCAGUUUUGGAUUAUGCCUUUUCGGGGAUGAUUAGGGAUUCUUCCUAUCUUUCCAGCAAAGACUCUGUAGCUGGUGGCAGACUGUAUUCCAGGCUGAAUCAGGACAAGCUGUAACACAUCUGCCUAUUCUCCCUUUCUGGAGUAUUUCUAGAAGUAUGCAAUACAACCCCCACGCCUGUACCCACACCCAUAUCUGUUCACUGUGUAUGUGAAGGGAUUAUCAGGCCUUAUAGUUGCAAAUUUUUUUUUUACCAGCAAUAUAAUAAACUUGAGAUCUAAAGACUCUUUGUUAGAAUUUAUAAAGAGAAAGAAGCAUUGAAACAUAUGUUCCUUGAA